GUCAUAUGUGCCGCUGUCAAGUCAAAUAAGAACAGUUUAGCGUAAGAAGCUGUGCUGCGUACAUGUGAAAUGGGUGUUUGCUGGCCCGCACAAUAAUACCAUCCACAAGUGUUUAAGCCGCUAGAAGACAGCAAUUGCUGAUCGCACGAAGAUGUCGACAGCUCUAUUGGCGGUCAUCGCUGUUAUAAUAUGCGUACUAUUCAGGAUGCUGAACGUCCACAGCCAACCGCAAUUGCCCUUCGUGUGUUGUGCAGACAGAUCCUUGCUGGAAACCGUACAGAAGAUCGCACCCUUGAUCACAGAACCUUAUAUACCAACAAGACUAUGGGGAUUCAGCGGCCAUAUCCAAACAAUCCUUCACAGCAUCGUUGGCAGGGUUCGCUGCCCUUGGCCAAUUGGCGAAAGAGUCUAUUUGACGCUGAACGAUGAAAGUACUGUGACGUACGAUCUGUACCAGCCGUUGGGAGCCAUAGCGGAAGAUGAUAUCACUGUGGCCAUAGUCCCUGGCAUUGGAAACACCUCCGAGAGCGUGUACAUUCGAACAUUUGUUCACUGGGCUCAAUGUCAUGGGUAUAGGUGUGCUGUUCUGAACCACGUCGGCGCUCUGCGAAGCGUUCCCGUUACAGCGCCUCGGAUUUUCUCAUAUGGACACACGAAUGAUUUCCACGAAAUGCUCACGAAUCUUCUUACGAAACAUCCGAAUACGCAUCUGAUCUGUGUCGGAUUCAGCUUAGGGGGGAAUUUAGUUACCAAGUACAUGGGGGAAAAGGAUAGGGAGAGAUCAUCGCAAAUCAUUGGUGCCAUAUCCGUUUGUCAAGGCUACAACGCUAUCAAGGGUACACAAUUUUUGCUCAACUGGCAAAAUUUCCGCCGAUUCUAUUUAUACAUAAUGACGGAGAACAUGAAGGGGAUAAUCCUUCGGCACCGAAACAUUCUUUUGGCUGACGACGUGAAGAAUCGUCAUCAUCUGGUGGAAAGGGAGAUAAUGUCUGCAGCGACUCUCCCCGAACUGGACGAUGCUUACACAAAGAAGAUGCACAAUUUCCGCACCAUCACCGACCUCUAUAAAUGGAGCUCGAGCAUCAAUUACCUUGACAACAUCAAAUCUCCGAUGUUCUUCAUCAACGCCCGCGACGAUCCGAUCGUUCACGAAGAACUACUUGAACCUAUUAAGAAAUUUGCAGGAUCUCAUAAAAACGUGAUGUAUCUGGAAGUGGCACACGGCGGUCACCUGGGUUUCUACGAAGGUGGUUUGAUCUACCCGAACCCCGUGACAUGGUUAGACCGCGCUCUGGUUGCACUGAUCGGUAGUCUGGUGUUUAAACAUAACGAGUUGGCAUUGAAGACUGCAGCGUAAGCGCUUUUGAUAUCUGUAUAAUGAAGAAUAAGUUUCAUUAAGUAUAUACAAUAUAUAUUUUUUUAAAAAUCAAAAUUAACACUAGGGCAGCCCCGUUUAUUCAUUUAAACUGUUCUGUUUAUUUAACGUGAUGUGAUGUCCAAAGUAACAAAUGAGAUAGCUUUUUAUAAAUGUUUUUUAAAUGAAACUAUAUAUAUAUAUAUAGAUAGAUAAAUAAUGCAGGGUGUCUAAAUAUUAUAGAUGAGUGUGUAUACUACAUUAGCGCUUGUCUUGGAUGUUGAUGUUUGAAAAUUUUGCAGUUUAUGUAUUAUAGUAUUACUACAUUACUAGUGUAUUUGAUGCAGGCUAAUUUGAUAAUUCCAUUCGACGACCGUUGUUUUUGUACCACAAACAAAUUAUAAUUAUUUAUGGACCAACAAUAGUAUUCUGGUUUCCUUCUAUGUAUUUAUUUAUUUAAUUUCUAUUCCAAGCGAAUAUUGUGAUAAUAGUUUUUAACAAGUGCGUUUUAUUUCAGAUUUUUAAAGAAUACAAUA